AUGAGACUCCAAAUUCAAUCGCUUGUUCUUCUCUUACUUGUUCUCUUGACCUCUACGGCGGCAAGGGAUCUAACUGUCCUAGGCCAUAUUUGGAUACCGAUCAACGACGUCAACAACCCAUAUGUGAUAGAUUUAGCCAAUUUCGCUGUUAACGAGGACGAUAGGCUAACUGGGGUGAUGCUUCAAUUCGAGAAGGUCAUCAAAGCUGAAUACCAAAUCGAAGUGAUCAACUACAUGUACCAUCUCGUCCUUUCCGCCAAUAACACUUCCAUUUCUAACAAAUAUGAAGCCCUCGUGUCGGUUAAUAAAUGGGAUAACUUCAGGAACCUUACUUCUUUUCGUGCUUUACGUGAUUAA